AUGUCUCGGGGAUGUCCCGUUGCUCAUCGAGACACCGGGGUGAGAGCGCCGACGCUAUUGGCGUUUCGACUCGAAGCCGGACCCCGGUCCUCGUCGGCUCUUCACCUCACCGGUGCCACGCCCAUAGAAAAGAAUGCUUUAGGUCACGAGUUCGUGGGGAUUUGUCUCGAAAUCGCUCCGGGAAGCAUCGGGACCGAUCUGGGUCUGCAGCAUCGACUACGGUUCUACCGCGCCGAGCACCUGCAUGUCGCGACACGGAUUCUCAUCGUGUCGACCAGACGCGGAGAUGAUGGAUUCCGGUCGGAGGGCCGCGCCCUUGUUACGGGUGUGGAAAAUCCAUUCGAACUGCUAGUACUGCCUGUGGGUUGGACGCUGGGAGGGCACACGCCCGAGUCUCGAAGAGGUGCGUUCUUUCCCCGCGCAGCAACCCGUGCCUCUGUGACCGACCUCGUUGAAGCCGGUGCAAUCGGCGGUAAGGAGGCGGUGAUCGACGACAUCGGGAUCGAAUGCGGGAGCCGGGAGAUCGCCGUGAGACUGACGAGCGAAUCUCCCUUCAACGGACUCAUAUAUCCGAAGGGGUUGAGUCGGAAUUCCACGUGCAUGGCAUCGUUCGACGAGACGAGAUCUCGGAGGAGCGUCACUUACGUCAUCCCCCUCUGGUCCUGCAACACCAUGUCCACCACCAUGCCCGACGGUGGGGUGGAGUAUUUCAACACGAUCGUCGUUCAGCCGCAUCGGAAAUUGGUGACGAACCAGGGGCGAGGCUAUCACGUCCGGUGUCGAUACCAGACGCAGGAGAAGACCGUCCAAUCCGACCUCAACGUCAGUCAAUUGGGGACGACGCCGCUGACGGCGACGGCUGCCAUGCCGGCUUGCUACAUGAGGAUCUACUUUGGGGAUCCCGGAAGGGGAGCCGUGGCAGAAAACGUUCGCAUCGGGGAUCCCCUCACCUUAGAAGUCAUGCUGGAUACCCAGGACAUCUACGGAUUCCUCGUCACCAACUGCUGGGUCCGAGACGGUCUCGGACAGGGUGAACAACCUCUCAUCGACGAAUUCGGCUGCCCCGUGGACCCGGAGAUCAUGGGGCCGUUCGUGUACGAGGAGAACAAGCGAGUGGCUCGAGUGAAUUUCCAGGCGCAUAAAUUCCCCUACACCCCAUCCGUCUACUAUCAGUGUAACGUCCGCCUUUGCAUUCGCAGCGCUGGUGGCUGCGACUUCGUCCCUCCUAAGUGCCCGCCGGAAGGUGACGUGAACGGGUUGGUGAGUCGCACGAAGAGACAGGCCAGGAAUAAGGCAAGGGUGGAGGAAGAGGACGACCGCACCAUCCAGGUCUACUCGGGUCUCUACGUGAGCGAGGAGGAGGAGUCUCCGGACGAUUCUCCCGAGAUCCAUCCCGUCGACCAGGGUGUGUUUCGAGGGGACAAGUUCUGUCUGAGCCCGAAGAAGUUUGCCAUCGCCAUCGCGGUGGCGGGGCUCAUCUUGAUGUUGGCCAUCGUUUUCACCGUGUUGCUCCUCAUCACCCGGCGACGAAGACAACGACUGAAGGAAUCUUCCACGUCCGGCUCCGGGUCCUCGUCCGUGUACUCCGGACCGUACUCCAAUCAGGCAUACUCCCAUUCCUCGUCCUAGGGAAACGUCUCCCUUCGCCUCGCCUUGUCCAUACCACAGGGCAUUCUCAUCGCUAAACAGAAAAAGUGCCAACGCCCUCGUGGACCGAACUUGCAUCGAAGAAGCAAUAUUCUCCCUGAUCCUUCAUCGGGCAGCUAUGAUGAUGUACCUAAAAGGGAAAUUCGAAUGAAACGGAGUGAAGGACUGCAUGAAUGAUUGAAUCACUUUAUAUCCUCUCAUCUCGCGACGGUGCAAAAUCUUCCAUUUCCAGUGACAUAUUGUGAUAAAAAAAAAGGAAACCGUCCAACUCAACCGCCUUUUUGCAUGCUUGUCUUAGUUGUGACUCAGCCAGCUGAUGACUCAAACGACUGCCAGAAGAAAGAUGUAAAUGCUACCCCACUCUCAUGAGAUUCCCUCCACCCUCUUUGUAUGAUCCUCUUUCAUAACUUAUUAAAAACCUUUCAUCUGA